GCGACAAUCAUGCUCAGUAGAUGGCUGAUGAUCGGUUGAGACUACUGCGAUGGGCUACAGCAAAGCUGGUUAACGAAGCACUAAACAAGCCGGACAACACCGUAAACACCGAAGCUCACGACUUCAAGAAGCUGAAGAAUCUUGUUCGCACUAAUGAAGAUCUCAUUCCGGACUACGUUGACUAUCUGUUUACUUCUCUAGAGAAAUCUGACUGCGAACGACGAAAUGCAUUGCUAUCACUAUUUGAUUAUUUUUUCAAUCGAUCUCAUGCCUUUCGUUUGAGGACAGUGGACAAUCUACAGGAAUUACUCCAUCUGGUAUGUGAGACUGAUCCUUUGCGGCGUCCACUACCUGGACCGAUCAAAGAAGCCAAGCAGUUGAAGACCAGUGGAAUAAAAACCAUUAAGAAAUGGUUGGAGAAAUUUGGCCCAGGCUACGAGAAGUUAAGUCUGGUUGGAGACUACCUAAAGGAGUCAAAAGCAGUGGAUUUCGAAUCCGCCACUGCGGAAAUGCUCGCUGAGAGGAGUAGAAGAGCGAUUGAGGAACAAAGAGCUGCUGAAAAGCUGCAGAAGAUUGCUGCGAAUGUACGGCGAAAGUUCAACGAAGCAAAAGAUGACAUCGAGCGCUGUAUAAUAUCCUCUGAAGAGGCACUGGCCAUUGUAGUUCCUGUUUUCGAAGCCGAAAUUGAUGCCACUACUUCAAACACCAACAACGAAGCAACCAAUCAAACCGAAACUGAUGCCACUACAAACACCAACGACGAAGCUACUAAUGCAUAUCACGGCGAGAUGCAGGCAGAUGUCCAUGGUUAUGCAACAUCCGAUACAAUAUCCAUUGUCCUACCAUCCUUGGUUCCGGAGGUUACCGUAAGUGAAGACAAUGAAGCAGUCUUGGAGAAUAUACGAGAUGCUAAAGUCAUGCUAGAUGUCUAUAAAAAGAACAUUAUCAAUUGGCAGCGUAAGAUUGCUGGAGCGAGUGAAGUGGAAGAUCUCGUAAGGGAUCUGACAAAUCUCAAACGAAAAAUCGAGCAGCAAUGUGAGAAGAUCGACGAGUUGAAAUUGAAACCCAAAAAGAAAAGACGCAGAGGUGACGGCUCCAGCGAAAGUGAAGAAAGCGAUCUUGAGGAUGUCCCUGAGAAGCAGUUAGAGGAUUUCUUUCCGCCUGAUGAGGUGCCUCAAUACAUUCUGGACAGAGUGAAAGAAAUGGAAAAAGAAGAGGAGCCAUGUUGCAGCAAAUCUUUAGAACCAAAGAAAAUCAAAAAAGAAGUGGACGAGUCAGAAGUACAAGCUGCGAGUGAUGAUCCCAAACCAAAGAUUCCUGUCGUAUCUUUCGAUCUUGAUCUAAAGUACUGGGGAGAGAAACACUCCGAACCUAUCAUAAUGCGUAAUACUGCAGACUGCCAUAGGUUUUGGAGGCCUCCUGAUGACGACGAUAGGCCACUUGUAAGCGAGAAGGAAGCUGCUUGCGGGGAAAUGAGAGUUAUAACGUGGAUUGGAGAACCUCGUCGAUCGGACAAGCGCUGCAAAGCUAGGCUUCCUAGUGGAAAACUUUGUCCUCGAAUGGAUUUUCACAGAUGUCCGAUACACGGAGUGAUAAUUGACCGCGACGACGAAGGUUUUCCUAUCGAAGAAGUAAGCACUCCUGAACCAUCGGCUGCUGAGAAGGAACGUGAACGGCUAGAUGAGGAAGCCUACAUGAGAGAUCUUGAAGCUGGAACUGGUCAAUCUUUUGUGAAAAAGACGAAGAAACAGAAGAAAAAGAGCACGGAAACUGUACGACAGAGGCUAGAGAAGAAGCUAUUGGAUCCAAAGACUAUCAAACGUGUAUCUGCUGCAUUGGAUGCUGCCAGAAAGGCUAAGAUCCAACGUAAAUUUGGUGAUCAAUUCGCCCAUGCAUUUACAAAAUAGGAUCCCAUCAUCUGAUUUUUUUGCAUAAGUGUAUUUAUUUUUUUUGUAUGUCUUUCCCCAUGUGAUUGUAUCUGGCUUUCGAUUACUUAUCUACUACCUAGUCACUUUCACUUCAAUCUCAAUAAAUAU